ACCAGUACAAGAAGAGAUGUUAGGACCUCUCGCGCGGGGAGCGCUUUGCUUGCUUGCCGUCUCCAUCGUCCUGUGCAACGGUGAUCCCCGUUCCGACGCCACCAGGUCCGCCGCCGUGCUCUCGCUUGAAGACUACGAGGACAGCGGCGACGACUCGUCCUCCUUCUCCUUCACCUUCCCGGAGACGCGGCCGCGCGGGCUGGUGUUCGGGUUCUACGACGAGACGUGCCCGGACGCCGAGGAGAUCGUGUCGUCCACGGUGCGCAGGCUUUACCACGCGGACUCCAACGUCGCCGCCGCGCUCGUCCGCCUCUUCUUUCACGACUGCUUCAUCCACGUACGUCCGAACAAACCCCGUGUCCGGCCUGUGCCCGGCUUCCUCGUCGUGUUGCUGUUUCUGUUACCCGCGAUGCUCACGCGCGCACACGCCAAGAUGCCGUCUCCUCCUGGACGCCGCGUGCAGGGCUGCGACGCCUCGGUGCUCCUGGACCGCGUCGGCGGCCGCAGGUCGGAGCGGGACGCGGGCCCGAACAAGUCGCUGCGAGGCUUCGGCGCCGUCGAGGCGAUCAAGCAGCGGGUGGAGGCGGCGUGCCCCGGGACCGUCUCCUGCGCGGACAUCCUGGCCCUCGCCGCGCGGGACAGCCUCGUCCUGGUGGGAGGGCCUACCUACCCUGUGCUCACCGGCCGCCGCGACAGCACCGCGAGCUUCUACUACGAAGCGGCGGUGGCCGGGAACAUCCCGGCCCCGAACGCCACCUACGCCAUGACGCUCGACGCGUUCGCGCGCCGCGGCUUCACCGAGCGCGAGACCGUCGCUCUCUUAGGAGCGCACAGCAUCGGGAAGGUGCGGUGCAGGUUCUUCACGGACAGGAUCUACAACUUCGCCGGGACCGGCGCGCCGGACGACUCCAUCGACCCGGACAUGGUCGGCGAGAUGCGGGCGGUGUGCGGCGGCGACGGCGGCGCGCCGAUGGAGAUGGGGUACUACCGGCAGGGCCGGGAGGUGGGCUUCGGCGCGCACUACUACGCGGAGCUGCUGGAGGGGCGAGGCAUCCUGCGCGCGGACCAGCAGCUCACGGCCGGGAGCACCGUGCGGUGGGUGCGCGUGUACGCGUCCGGGGCGCGCGGCGAGGAGGUGUUCCGCGAGGACUUCGCGCACGCCAUGGUCAAGCUGUCGGCGAUCGCGCCGCUGACCGGAUCGGACGGGCAGUUGCGGAUCAGCUGCUCGAAGCCCGUCGAAGAGAACUGAACCGCAUGACUGUGCAUUUUAUGAGCCUAUACACAACACAUGCUCCCACCGACUAGUGACCACUGCAAUGAUAUUAUGAACA